AGCCUUGCUCACCGCCUGGCACCGGCCGGAGCGCGGGCCUGGGCACUGACGGAGGCAGGGAGCCGCGACGACUGGGCAUCGCAGGACUCCACGGGGUGCAGGAGCCUGGAUUACCCGGCCGGGCCUGGUCAUGGCCUGAACGCGCAGGAGAUGCGCGCAGGAGAUCCCGGAAUCUGCACCGAAGAGGAAGAAGAACCGGGAUUCUCUCUGCCUAGCGUGGGCACUAGGUCGGGAGAAGAGUAGAGACUUCACCUGGCACAGGGCAGAGGUGCCCGGAGCUUACUAGGCCAGAGAGCCUGGCAUCCCAGCAGCCACGACCUGGGCUCGGCACGGCUCCUGGACCUGGCCUGGCACGGGCCUGGCAGAACAGGCCUUAGCUCACCUGUCUGAAAGGAAGGCCGGGAUCUGAGAAGCCAGGACCAGGCGGCAGGGCUCUCUGGUGGCUCCGGGGAGCUGGCCUCCUGCUCCAGCCCCACGGGCACGGAUGUGCCGCUGUCCUCGGGAGCACCAUGACAGCAGGAUGACCUCUGCGGACACAGUGGCAGUGGCCGGCAGUUCUCGGGGGGCUGGGUCCCCCGAGUGGCCCCCCGAAGCCCCCCAGGCCCCUGGCCGGCCAGGACCAGGCGGCAGGGCUCUCUGGUGGCUCCGGGGAGCUGGCCUCCUGCUCCAGCCCCACGGGCACGGAUCCAUGGGCCCGCUCUGCCUAGGGGCUGCCUGCAGCCUGGCGGGUGAGCUCCGGACACCGCCCGCUGGCUGUGGCUUCCUGCUGGCUGCCACCUGCCUCCGUGGCCUCAAGUCCAUCCAGCAGAGUGCCCUGCUGCAGGAGGAGCGGCUGGACGCGGUGACCCUGCUGUACGCCACCUCGCUGCCCAGCUUCUGCCUGCUGGCCGGCGCCGCCCUGGUGCUGGAGGCCGGGGUGGCCCUGUCGCCGGCUCCCACCGACUGCCGCCUCUGGGCCUGCAUCCUGCUCAGCUGCCUCCUGUCCGUGCUCUACAACCUGGCCAGCUUCUCCCUGCUGGCCCUCACCUCCGCCCUCACCGUCCACGUCCUGGGCAACCUCACGGUCGUGGGCAACCUCGUCCUGUCCCGGCUCCUGUUCGGCAGCCACCUCAGCACCCUCAGCUACGUGGGCAUCGCGCUCACCCUCGCGGGGAUGUUCCUUUACCACAACUGCGAGGUCGUGGCCUCCUGGGCUGCCCGCUGGGGCUUCUGGCGGAGGAACCAGCCUGGCAAGGGUCUCUGAGGCCUGGCAGAGCGCCUGGGCCGUCAGGGACAGCCCCCCCAGCCUGAACCCAACUUGGCCAGUGGCCGUGGGACAAGCGGAGAGCAGGCAGCCACUGGGCCGUGGGAGGGCGAGGUGCCUUCGGGAAAGGCCACCUGGGGGGCUGGAUGGGGCCUCCCAGCGAGACCCCCCUGUCCCUGCCUGCCCCCUCCCCUCACCCCAGGCCCCGCUCACCACUGGAUGGUGGGUCCACGCCUGGCACACUCACUGUGCUUGUCAGAGUAAUUAUUAUUAAUCCGACGACUACGCCGAAAACUGCUGGCCAAACUUCGAGAACCUCUCCGUGUUCUGGUGACGACGAUGACGAUUCCUGGCGGGUGCACAAUCCUCCCUCCAGGAAGCGGGGGAGGCAGCUGGGGGGUCCGGGGACGGGCUUGUUGCUGCUGGGCUCCCCUGGGGGGGGUGUCAUCUGUGCCAACUCCCGGCAGCUGCUGUAGCCUCAUCCCUGGACCCUCCAGUUUUGGGUCUUCCGCCCUCAAAUAAACUAUUUUUGCUUGUA